AUAAAAAGUAUCGCUAUUUCUCUCUCUUAAAUAAAAAUCGAACUGUCACAUUCCAGCACAUUGCGAUUUCAACAUAACCUAAAAAUGUUCAAAUUAAAAACAUAUUUUAAUUAAUAAUUAAUUUACGAUGAAUAAAAAUAAACAGGAAACAAAGAAAAGAAAACGUUCGAAUUCGGUGGAGAUUAAAACCGAGGGAAAUGUAAGCUUCAAUCCAAAAGUUGAGGAAUUUUCGCUGGAAAACUCUAUAAUCGAGAUAGAUACAUCUCUAUACCGCAAUAAAAACGAAAUUAAAAGUAUUAAAGAUGUAACUAAUGAUAAAUUAUGCGACGCUAUUAAUCGAACGAAUAACGAAAUGGAACAAAUUUUUAGAGAUAACCAGCAUUUAAUGGAUUUAAGAAUUAAAAUACCGUUUAAAGUCCCAAAAGCACAUCUAAUUGAGAAAUCAGUGGUUGCAAUACAAUCGAAAGGUUUAUUUGAUGGAAUUCCCAUAAAUACAAAAAAAUACACAAAACGUGAAGAUGAUUUAAUUUUAAGAAACUUUAAAGAGUUUUGUGAAGCUCACAAAAUCAAACAUGAUCCAACCCCGUUUGUAAAUUUUGUUAUUGGUGGGAGACAUGUGUUAAGCGUUUAUGAACGAUUACAAUUUGUGCGUUAUAUUGGAAAGGGGUUAAACGAUAGGAAAUUAUAUAGUAUUUAUAAACGAUUUCAGUUAUUAUGUAGUACAACUAAUAAAGGAAGAUUCUCUUCAAUUGAAGAUCAAAUUUUAUUAACUUACAUCAAUAAUAACAAUGAUGAUAAACAAAAAUUUGCUAAAAUAGCCAAAAUUUUAAAUCGAUCCAAGAGUCAAAUUUUAAAAAGAUAUUCGACCAUUACAGAAUCGAUUGAAAAUGAUUUUGCCAAAAUGACUGGUAUACCAAAAAUAGAAUAUUUAGUUUCAAAAAUGAUGGAGGUUUUAAAUAUUUCGACGAUUAAAGAACUUAAAAGUACCGAACUGACGAGUGAAUUUUGGGAGGAAAUAAGUAAACAAUUAGAUUAUCCCUUAUAUCAAUUAAAAAGGUUUUGGAAUGCGAGCGUUGCCACGAAGCUUUUUAACCAAAAUAUCAAAAUUAACAAAGUUUUGAGGAAAAUUGUUGAUACUUUGCAUGAAAAAAACAUUACCGAUUGGAAAAGUAUCGAUUGGAACGAAAUUUGUAAACCUUUCGAACGCAAAUAUUACACACCUUCCUUUAUUUAUGAUAAAUUUAAGGAUUUAAGAAGGUGUAACAUCCGCAAAGAAUAUCAACAAGAUCCACAGGUGUGUAUAAAAAUGUUGAAGGAUUUAUUUAGUGAAAAUCCGCUUUUAUUGAGGAAAAUAAAAUCGUAUGAAUAUGAAGAUGGAAGAAUUGCAAAAUAUUAAGUUAUGUUAAAUUAAUUUAAUGUUAUUUUGUAUUAGAAAAUAUAAUGUAAUUGGGUUAAGUUGUUUA